AUGAUUUACACGCUAGAAUGGAGGUCGACAGCGUUCGUCCUAAUCUAUGGCAUCUUGGUUGAACACCGAAGCGCAUUGAUCGAUGACGGCUCCGGGAUGAUUGCCCAAUUGGUGUUGCAUUUUAUGAACAGAAGCAGCAUGUCCUUCAGAUAUAGAGCGCCCGCAGUACAGGGUGUAGAGUUAAAUGGAGUCUCUCCAACUCGGGUUGGUCAUUCCACAGCGUAUGCGACGAUUGAGUCUUUGCGGGGAUGGAAUAUUAAUCCGCGCCUACUCAUCAAAAUCAGCUCGGAGUUCUAG